AUGGCAAGAUUAUUCAAUGUAACUGGUUUUUAUACAGGAUGCAAUGUGAUUGAAUCAUUACUUCAAUCAACUCUUGAAUGUCUUUAUCAUCAAACCUGUAUAGAUAAAUUACAAAGUUAUUUACUAUCAUCGCCAAUACCUGUAUUAGCUCUUGUUGACUCGCCAUCGCUAAGUCGGUAUCCGAAAACGACAACUGUUAACAAUCUUCUAUCUAAUUUAAUGACAGAGCGCUUGGGUUGGUCAUAUUCCUAUACACAGUACUAUCAGGCAUGUAGUCCAGAAUACUGUUCUUAUCAGACCACUGCUGACAAUACGAAAAUUAAUACAAUUUACAUUGUCUUUCUAAUGUUUUUUAUUCUGGGUGGUCCAUUAUCCGUUUUAAAACUUCUCAUAUCGGCGUUGACAAAAAUCAUCGUAUGCUGUGUUCGAAAAUCGCCAAGACAGAUCGUUCCAGAAGCGUCGAUCAUUUAUACAUAA